AGCAGUCACCUAGUAAUCUUGGACAGCUUUUGGCACCCCAACAGCGACAAUACUAGCGUUUUAACUGUUUGAGGUCUCUUCUUUUGAGAUAACACGCUUAAACAGCAAACAGACAAAAAUGUUUAACGGCCAAAUUGCCUGACAAUAGGCACACCCCACAGAGUCGUAUGCACGGGUAUACCCCAGGCGGUUGAAAAAAAGUGUAACGUUACAGUGUUCGCGGCCAUAGUCAGAGGUUCUUGCUCUUCGACCUUCUUGCAGUCCGAGUUGGAGAAUCUUCAAUAUAUUCCAACACAUUUAUCCCAAAACACACACGAAACGAAAAGUUUUCACCUUGUUAUUCUUUCUAUUCAUCGUCAGCUUUCAGAACAAGUUCUUCCUUGAAAAGCUUUUUCUAUCAGAUUAGCGUCUAUUGAAACCUGAUUCAGAACUGAAAAAUUUCACUCCCAUGUCUGCUCCGCAAGAUUACAUCCUCAUCACUGGUGGUGCUGGUUACAUUGGAUCGCACACCGUGAUCGAAUUGGUAAACAACGGCUACAAGGUUGUUGUAGUCGACUCUCUUGUUAACUCUUCCUAUGAUGCUAUUGCAAGAAUCGAGUACAUCGUUAAGCAGCCUGUACCAUUCUACCAGGUCGACAUUAGAGACGGCGAAAAAUUGAACGAAGUGUUCCAAAAGCACAAAAUUACCGGUGUUAUCCACUUUGCUGCCUUGAAGGCUGUUGGAGAAUCUACUGAGAUUCCUUUGGAAUACUACGACAACAACGUUAACGGUACUAUCAGCUUGUUGCAGGUAAUGAACAAGAAUAACGUCAAGUCGAUCGUUUUCUCCAGUUCAGCCACUGUCUACGGAGACGUUACCAGGUUCGGAGACAAUUCUAUGAUUCCAAUUCCAGAACAUUGUCCAACUGACCCUACUAACCCUUACGGAAGAACCAAGUUAGUCAUUGAGAACAUCUUGAGAGAUGUCCACUCUUCUUCUUCUCUGGAGUGGAAGGUUGCUGUGUUGAGAUACUUCAACCCUAUUGGCGCUCAUCCUUCUGGUUUAAUCGGCGAAGAUCCUUUAGGUAUCCCCAACAAUUUAUUGCCUUACCUAGCACAGGUUGCUAUUGGCAGACGUGAGAAGUUGUCUGUAUUCGGUUCUGACUACGCUUCUCAUGAUGGAACUCCUAUCAGGGACUAUAUCCAUGUCGUAGACUUGGCCAAGGGUCACCUCGCUGCCUUGAGUUUCUUGAACAAGACUAAUGAAGGAUCUUUCCGCGAAUGGAACUUAGGCACUGGUAAGGGUUCUACUGUCUUCGACGUCUACCACGCAUUCAGCAAGGCUGUAGGCAGAGACUUACCUUACGAGGUUGUGGGUAGAAGAGCUGGUGAUGUGCUCGAUUUGACUGCCAAUCCUACUAGAGCCAACAAGGAAUUGGAAUGGAAGGCCGAGUUGACCAUUGAAGACGCCUGUAAGGACUUGUGGAAAUGGACCACCGGAAACCCAACUGGCUUCAAGAUCGAAGGCUACGAAUGGAAGUUGUUCGAAACUGAAGGGCAUGCCAACAGAUUACACACCUUCACUACUGGAGACGUUACCAUUGCAUUGGCUAACAGAGGUGCUCUUAUCCAAGACCUCAGCUUCCAAGGUGAACACUUGGUUUGUGCCUACGACAAUGGCGACGACUACAAGCUUCCAACCAACCCAUUCUUUGGUACAAAUGUUGGCCGUGUAGCCAACAGAAUCGCCAACGGUGAGUUUAAGUUGAACGGUCAGACCUACAAGACGCCAAAGAACGAGAACAACAACACCUUACACGGAGGUCUUGUUGGUUUCGACAAGAGGAACUGGUUGGGUCCUGUUAUCAGCAAGAAGGAAGAUGUGUUCACAGUCAAGUUUGCUCUCAUUGACGAAGACGGUCACAAUGGCUUCCCAGGUGACUUACAGACCAUCAUCACCUACACGAUUGAACCUACUGCCGUCAGUCAUGAGUACGAAGCCAAGUUGAUCAACGAUAAAGUGGAUGCCACAAUCGUCAACUUGACCAACCACUCGUACUUCAACCUCUCCGGUGAACCUACGACCGAUGACACUGAUGUCACCUUGUUUUACGACAAGUACAUGGAAGUCGAUGAUAAGACGUUGUUGCCAACUGGUAACCUCAUCAAGUAUCCACAUGCUACUGCCAACGUGCCAGUUCACUUGGACCAAGACGCUUUCUUCGACUACUGUUUCAUUGUCGACGAAGAUGGCUGUGGUAUCGAUACCAGAAAGUCGCAGUUAAAGCCUAUUUUCAAGGCUACCCACCCAAGAGCCAACACCGAGUUCCUCUUCUCUUCUACUGAGCCAUCUUUCCAGUUCUAUACUGGUGACGGUGUUAACACCAAGGGCUUCGUCAAGAGAAGUGGUUUCUGUAUCGAGCCAGCCAGAUUCGUUGAUUCCAUCUCUUUUGAGAAAUGGGCUCCACAAGUCAUCUUGAAGAAGGGUGAAACUUAUGGUUCUCUCACGAAGUACUCCUUCUCUAAGAAGCAAUGAGUCAGAUAAAAAACUUUACACUAGGUAGGAAAAAAAAAUAGAUUUUGAUGAAGAUUGACUUUCAUAACCGGUCAAUAUUACGCUGAGUAGGAAUAAAAUAGACUUUCAU